GCCGGGCUUGUCCGGGCAAGCAACUUCCGCAGCCGGCAAGGGUACCACGUGAAGGCUGGGAAAGUGCGGCCGGGUCUUCAGCCUGAAUACCAAGGAUGUGGUUCGGAAAAGACACAAGAGAAGAAGCCGGCAGCACCAGCGAUUCAUGGCCCGUAAGGCCUUACUUCAGGAUCAGGAGCUGUUGAGCAUGGUACCAGGGCCAGGACUCUGUCCUCUGCCCUCAUCAUCACAGAUGCCAGCAGGCACAAAGGCUUCAGGCAAAAGGAGGCAACGUCCCAAGGCCAGACCUGGCAGCGAUGGCCCAUGCAGCAAAAGGCCUGUCCCUAGAGAAGCUCCAAAGUCUGGGCCCAGCAAGUGUGUGGCCAUUGACUGUGAGAUGGUGGGUACAGGCCCCAGAGGGCGGGUGAGUGAGCUAGCCCGCUGCUCCGUGGUGAGUUACGGUGGUGAUGUUCUCUAUGACAAGUACAUCCGGCCUGAAAUGCCCAUUGUGGACUAUCGCACGCGCUGGAGCGGCAUUACCCGUCAGCACAUGCACAAGGCUAUCCCCUUUCAGGUGGCCCAGAAGGAGAUCCUUAAGCUGUUGAAGGGCAAGGUGGUGGUGGGGCAUGCACUCCACAAUGACUUCCAGGCCCUGAAGUACGUCCACCCUCAGAACCAGACCCGGGAUACCACUUAUGUCCCAAACCUCCUCAGGCAGCCCAGCUCUCUCACCCGAGCUCGGGUCUCUCUUAAGGACCUGGCCCUGAACCUUCUACACAAGAAGAUCCAGGUAGGUCACCAUGGACACUCAUCUGUGGAAGACGCCAUGACAGCCAUGGAGCUGUACCAGCUGGUGGAGGUACAGUGGGAACAGCAAGUGGCCAGCACCGCCAAGGUCCAUCCUGAGGACAGGGACCUUGACAGUAGCACUGACGUGGAACAGUACAUGGACGACCAGUACUGGCCUGAGGACCUGGCCCAGAGCACCAGGGGAGAGACAAGGGCCCCCCAGGAUAGACGGGAGGGAGAGGAAGGGCAGGGAGCCAGGAGUGCUCCUCCCUAGUCACACAGGGUAGGAGGUAACUACCUGGUAACCAGGGUCAGAGUUCUAAGGCGGUGUUUCUCAAAACCUGAGGGGCAGGACCCCUUUGUGGGUUGACCAACCCUUUCACAGGGGUCGCCUAAGACCAUCGGAAGACACAGGGGUUUACAUUGUGAUUCAUAACUAGCCAAAUUACAGUUAUGAAGUAGCAACAGAAAUCAUUUUCUUUUUUUUGGGAGGGAGGGGUCUCCAUUAGCAUGAGGAACUGUAGUAAAGGGUGGCAGAAUUAGGAAGGUUGAGAACCACUGGCCCGGGAUAACUUUAGGGCACUGGUAAGCAAGGGCUCAGGUCACACCAUCCUUGACAGAGUCUCAUCAUUCCUGCCACUUAGCAUGGAGACAUUAGACAAGCCUGUGGCUUCCCAUUGAGCCUAUUUCCCAUUGUGAAGUGGGGAGAGUGGUAGAGCCUACCUCAUGGGGUGUCUAAGCACUUUGAGUAUAUCCUAGUGAUGAACAGGAUGGGCUCUCUUCAAGCCUGAUUUCUGAGCAGCUAUGGCUCAGGCAGGAGGACUCUUUCCCUUGGCUUUUCCAUCAGAUGAGGUGUGGGCCAGGGCAGGGUUAUUGCAGGGGAGUUCAGAGGUCUUUGCAGAUCUUGCUGCUAGCUUCUGUCUCCACAUCAGCCUCCUGACACUGCAUUUGAGAAAGUGACAACAGUAGUCCAGGCAGGGUCAGCAAGGAAGGGACAUUAUUGAAACCACACUUCCCACUGUCCAUUGAUUGCAGAAGGUGUUAGUCACGGGCUGUUUGAUCGUUGGCUCCUCCCUGCCAGGGAAAGGGAGCUGGCUGAAUCAGCACCACCACAUCUGGCCUGGCGCCAGGGGUCAGCUCUUGUUUCCUUAAAGACAAGCAGCGUGUGCCAGCCUUGAUGCUGGGCCGUAGCAUUUGUGGGUUGAAGGUGGUGGAACUGUUAGCUGGGAGAAGUGUACUGUGAGAAAUCAGCUUGCUCGUGGUACCAGACCGUUCGUACAGGAAUAAAGUGCAAUUGGAAAAGUG